AUAUAACAACAUACCUUCUCCCUUUUUAUAAUCUCUUGAUAAUGGGAGCUGGAGAGAGAGUAUUAAUUGGAGUGAAGGGGCUUUCUUGAUUUCUAUCCUACUGCCCUCAUUGACCCCUGUCCUCUCCCCCAUUUGACUUUCUCCCUAUCUUUAUUUCACUUCACAUCCCUUUCUUCUCUCUCUCCCUUUCUUACUGGUUUACAAUAUCGGUGCCAUUAAUAGCUGCUCAGAACCAAAGGAGUUUGCCUGCUCCAUCUCUCCUCUCUUUCUUAUUUAAGGCCAUAAAUUGAAAUUAAAUGAGACUCCUAGGCGUCCUAGCCCACCCCUUAGCGUCUUCUCAUGCAGACGCAGUAGCUCAAAACCACGCGUCAUCUCCCCAUCCCAGACCUCCUCAAUAUCACCCUCUUGUCUUUAAUUUUCUCUUCAUCAUAGCAAUGACAAUCUCACUCCUCCAUGCACAAACCCUCUUUUACUCUUGCUCUUCCAUCUCCAAACAUUUCUUUUAAGCACACUUCCAACUUCACACACACUCUCUUAUGCUCUCUCGUCAACAACUUUCAUCUCCUAAACAUCAAUAAUUUGCUCUUCUUCCACCCAAAUAUUAAACUAAAAUGCUACUCCUAUUUCUCCUUCUGCCCCUCUUUGCCCUCUCCGCCGGGGUUUCAACCCAGGACUCCAUCAUCAAUAUUCUUAUGGAGGUGAAGAAAUCUUUCGUUCAAGACCCACUCAAUGUUUUACAAGACUGGUCCCCUCACAACCCAAACUUCUGCUCAUGGAGAGGCCUUUCCUGUUCCCCUACCUCCUCCGCCUCUCUUCAACCUCAACUGCUUGCUCUCGAUCUCUCAAAUUCUUCACUCCGCGGCUCCCUCUCACCCGCUCUCGCUCUUCUCCCAAACCUGCUCCUCCUCAAUCUAUCUUCUAAUCAGCUCUCAGGCCCCAUUCCACCUGCUCUCUCCAACCUUUCUUCUUUGGAAUCUUUGCUCCUCUUCUCCAACCAACUCUCCGGUCCCAUUCCACCCCAACUUGGUUCCCUCCUCAAUCUCCAGGUCCUCAGAAUCGGCGACAAUUACCUUACCGGCCCAAUUCCCCCUUCUUUCGGCAAUCUCCAGAAUUUGGUCACUCUUGGUUUGGCCUCCUGCAGUCUCACCGGCCGGAUACCGCCAGAGCUUGGAAGGCUGGGCCAACUCCAGAACUUGGUUCUGCAGCAAAACCAGCUCCUCGGUCCCAUUCCUCAAGAGCUUGCCAACUGCUCCAGCCUCAUCGUCUUUACGGCGGCGCUCAAUCGUCUUAAUGGAUCAAUCCCGUCCGAGUUGGCUGGUCUUAAUAAUCUACGUACAUUGAAUCUUGCCAAUAAUACACUGUCAGGGGGGAUACCGACUCAGCUUGGUGAGAUGAGUCAGCUGCGAUAUCUGAAUCUCCUGGGCAAUCAGCUUCAGGGUACCAUUCCCAAGUCCUUGGCGAACUUGAUAAAUCUUCAGAGUCUGGACUUGUCCGGCAACAGGCUGAGCGGCGAAAUUCCAGGAGAGUUGGGAAGCAUGGGUCAGCUUGUUUACCUCGUGCUUUCAAGUAACAAUCUGACAGGUAAUAUUCCCCGAGGCAUAUGUUCAAACACCACCAGUUUGGAAUACUUGAUGCUCGCACAAAAUCAACUCUCUGGCAGGAUUCCAACAGAAUUAAGUGACUGCAAGUCGCUCAAGCAACUCGAUUUGUCCAAUAAUACACUCGAUGGAUUCAUUCCAGAGGAGCUUUAUGAGUUGCAUCAACUCACUGACCUCCUGCUUAACAACAACACUUUGUCUGGUUCUAUUUCUCCCUUCAUAGCAAACUUAACCAAUCUGCAGACUCUGGCACUGUACCAGAACUAUUUGAGGGGCAAUCUACCUAAAGAGAUUGGGAUGCUUGGGAAGCUUCAGAUACUUUAUGUCUACGACAAUCAGCUCUCUGGUGAGAUUCCGGUGGAGAUCGGCAACUGCUCCAGCUUGCAAAUGGUUGAUUUCUUCGGAAAUCAAUUCACGGGGCAGAUCCCUAUCACCAUUGGAAGGCUAAAGCAGCUGAAUUUCCUUCAUCUCAGACAGAAUGAUCUUUCUGGUGAGAUUCCCUCCAGUUUGGGUAACUGCCAUCAGCUGGCCAUACUUGAUUUGGCAGAUAACAGACUCUCCGGCAGAAUUCCUGCGACUUUUGGGCAUCUUCAAGCUCUGGAACAGCUUAUGCUAUAUAACAAUUCUCUCCAAGGAAACCUGCCUGAUGAGCUUUCCAGUCUCACUAACUUGACGAGGAUCAAUUUGUCACAUAACAAACUGAAUGGGAGCAUUGCUCCACUCUGCACGUCGCGUAAUUUUCUUUCUUUUGAUGUUACAAACAACGGAUUUGAUCAUGAAAUUCCACGCCAAAUUGGCAAUUCACCUGCGCUUGAAAGGUUAAGGCUAGGCAAUAACCUAUUUACAGGGCAGAUCCCCUGGACCCUGGGAUUACUCCAACAACUCUCGCUGUUGGAUCUCUCGCGCAAUUUACUCACUGGCCAGAUACCCGUUCAACUUUCCCUGUGCAACAGAUUGACUCACCUUGAUCUUGAUCAUAACCUUCUUUCUGGGCCAAUUCCAUUCUGGAUAGGACGUCUUCCUCUAUUAGGUGAGCUCAAGCUCUCAGCCAAUAACCUAUCUGGGUCUCUUCCUCAAGAAUUAUUCAAUUGUUCGAAUCUGCUCGUCCUGUCUCUUGAGGCGAACUCUCUUAAUGGUACCCUUCCUCCUGAAGUUGGUAAACUCAAGUCUCUCAACGUGCUGGAUCUCAACCGUAAUCAACUCUCUGGUCCUCUACCUCCCACCAUUGGGCAAUUAAGUAAGCUAUACGAACUCCGGCUUUCACUGAACUCCUUCAGUGGAGAGAUUCCCGCUGAGAUUGGCCAGCUCCAAAAUUUGCAAAGCGUUCUGGACCUCAGCUACAAUAACCUCAGUGGUCACAUCCCAUCUUCCAUUGGCAGACUCUCCAAGCUUGAAGCACUCGAUCUAUCCCACAAUGCACUAGUUGGAGAAAUCCCUCCUCAAGUUAGUGAAAUGAGCAGCUUAGGAAGAUUGAACCUCUCUUUCAAUCACCUUCAAGGAAAACUGGAUAAGCGAUAUGCACGCUGGCCAGCCACAUCUUUUGACGGGAACUUGAAUCUUUGCGGAAGCCCUCUUCAAAAUUGCAAGGACAUAAAGUCUGCCAAUGGAGAGCCAGGCCUCAGCGAAUCAUCUGUUGUGAUAAUUUCAGCAAUAUCAACUACAUUUGCGGUUAUUCUUUUGUUACUGGGAGCUGCCCUCUUCUUCAAACACAGGCGAGAAGCCCUCAGGAGGGGCAGUGGACUCGAUUCCACUUACUCUUCUAGCUCUUCACAAGCACAAAGGCGACCUUUAUUUGAUAAUGCCGCUGCUAAGAAUGAUUUCAGAUGGAUAGACAUAAUGGAAGCUACAAAUAAUCUGAGUGAGGAGUUCAUUAUUGGAUCUGGGGGAUCAGGAACCAUCUACAAAGCUGAACUGUUUACUGGAGAGACUGUGGCAAUAAAGAGGAUUGUGAGGAAGGAUGAUCCAAUGUUGGAUAGAAGCUUUGCAAGAGAAAUCAAAACGCUUGGUAGAAUAAGACAUAGACAUCUGGUCAGGCUGUUGGGGUAUUGUUGCAACAUAAGGGCGGGUUCCAAUUUGCUGAUCUAUGAGUACAUGGAGAACGGUAGCGUGUGGGAUUGGUUGCAUAAACAACCGAUGGAUGAGAAGAGAAAAAGGAUCCUAGACUGGGAAGCAAGAUUGAAGAUAGCAGUGGGAUUGGCACAGGGACUGGAGUAUCUUCAUUAUGACUGUGCGCCCAAGAUACUUCACAGAGAUGUAAAGUCCAGCAACGUGUUAUUAGAUGCCAACAUGGAGGCUCAUUUGGGAGAUUUUGGACUGGCAAAACCUGUCACAGAUAAUCAUGAUUCCGUGAAUACAGAAUCAAACUUGUGGUUUGCAGGUUCCUACGGCUACAUUGCGCCAGAGUAUGCUUAUUCCUUGAAGGCUACAGAGAAAAGUGAUGUUUACAGCAUGGGUAUUGUGCUUAUGGAGCUGGUCACUGGAAGAAUGCCAACAGAUGGAAGAUUUGGUGUGAAUAUGGACAUGGUCAGAUGGGUAGAGUCACAUAUGGAAAUACAAGGAUCCGGUACUGAGGAGCUAACUGAUCCGGUGCUAAAACCACUCUUACCUAAUGAAGAAAAUGCUGUAUUCCAAGUGCUUGAAAUAGCACUGCGGUGCACAAAAACUGCUCCUGCAGAAAGGCCAUCAUCACGGCAGGCUUGCGACCUGUUGGUGCAUGUGCUCAAUGACACUAAGGUUCAAUCACAGAAAAUGAGCCCAGAGACAUAUGCGUAGCUGAUGGGUGAAGGAAAAAUAUUGGAGUUUUAACAUUCCUUACACCAACAUCAUUCUAAAGUUUGACAGCAAGCGACUUAAUUGUAAUAUGAAUGCAAGAAAGAACCAGCGCUUGGUUAUAGUAAUUGAGAAGUUUCACUUUCAAUCCCGGAAAGAAGUUAGUAGCUCUACUUAUUUUCAAACAGAUCUGUGUUUUUGUUAAGGGGAAUGGAAAGUUUUCAAGAUCUUCCAGCACUGUUACUUGCCAUAACCAUAUUCUGAUGUAUUUUCCUCUCGGCUCCUAAGUCCUGACCAUUUGAAUACUAAUUUAUCAUUGUUUCGCAA